AUGGAUAUGGAAAGACAGAGCGAACAGCACACUUUAAACUCGUUAUUGCCAGCAGAAGCAAAUGAGUACAAAAAAACUUUGAUAGAAAGCAACGGAGCACUAUACGUUGAGUUUUUUCGCGCGGAUGUAUUAAAUGAGAUAGUAGCUGAGAGUGUAAUAGAUAGAAAUAUACGAAAAAGGAAGAUAAGUAGCACAAUAUAUAAAAUUCUGCAAAUAGUAAUAAAACUAAUCCAAGGAAACGGCAUAAAUCCUGAUUCUACAAUAAAGCCAGUAACAACACACUAUCGAUUUUGCACAAAAACUCUUCAAGUAACUGCUGAUUUGGAAGCACUGAUGAAGGUAAUUGAUAUAGUAGAUCUAAAAAAGCACCCAGAGCUAUUCAGACAAAGUGCAUCUGUAAAAGAAGUCAAGCAGCUUUGGCAUAAUCUAAACAACAUAACAUUUACUACAUUAUCCCCAAACUCUGAAAAAUGCCCAGAGGAGAAAGAAAAGAAGAACCAGGAAAUUAUUAAGAUUAUUUCAUACAACUUAAAGGAGUUUGAUGUAGAAACCAUUGCUUCUGUUUACAAAAUGAUCCUUAAAACAAAGAACCCAUUCUUUUCAACCAAAUACAUCAAUGAGUACAUAAAAAUAGGAAAUGUCAGCUGCAAGGAAACUAAAAUACAGCUGUGCAAGUUCAUACUAGCAUUUGCUGUCCCCACACAAAAACAAGAGCUUCUUGAAGUAACGUGCAAUUUUCUUUAUUCAUUGAUUACAAUGGAGAACAGCAAGCUGAAAUUUAAAAAUAUUUCAGUGGUCUUUGCUCCAAUAUUCUUUAUAGACGAAGAGUGCAACAUUGUUGAUGCAAACUUCAAAGAAAUCAUGGAAAAGCUAAAGGAUCUUCUUGAGUUUUUUUUGGAGAAUAGUCCACAGAUUUUUCUUCUAUCAUUAUAA